GGAUAACUGGUGGGAAGUUCUUGGAAAGAGGUCGCAUUAAGAAGCCUGGGCAGGAGCUCUUUAAGAGUGAGCCAUCUGAAUACUUCAAGGCUCAGAAUCUGUUUGUUGGAGCCAAAGUUUGUUUCCAUGGUCACAACUUUCUUUUGGUGGAUGCUGAUGAGUACACAUUCAACUACAUGGAGAAGCAUGCAAAUGAGUUCUCUGUGGCUGAUAUCGGUUUCAUCCUCAAGAAACUGAAAGACAUAGCUGAACCUCGUUCCAGAGAGAUCAGGCAGGUGUUUGCAGCCAGUGAGCCUGAGCAUAGCAAGGAGAUUGAGUAUGACCCUUUCAGACGUUUGAUAGUCAAUAUCACUGAUGGAGCAUUUUCAGAACAUGAAAUUAUCACUCUUGGGAGAUAUUACUGUGUGAAACAUGAAUAUGCAAUGGACCUCCACUACCUUCUUGCAGUAGCUCAAGAAAAACUAAAGAAAAAUAACUUUGUGGAUUUUGGAAAACUGUCUGCAGUGCUUAUAUACAAUGACUGUGAAAAACGUGGAGCGCUGCCCCGUGAGAUGUGCAGGACUAUUUGCAAAUCCUUUAAAUUGCCACUGGCUGAUGAUGUUCUGCAGGCUUUACUGACCAUGUUUGAAGAUGACAAUAAGCAAGUGGAAUAUAAAAAGUUUGUGGAUGGGCUGAACUGGAGAGAGAAUCAAAUCCCUGCUUUCCAGAUGAUAAAGAAAGAAGAUGACAGGAGCAGAAAACCACCAUCCCUUCCUGGGAAAAAGAUCAAAUACUUAUCUCUUCUGGAGGAUCUGUUUGGCAAGGAAGAAUAA